AUGAAUCUGCGAUCGCCAUCCUUCAACUUGACGCCGCAUCCGGCCCCAAUUUCGCGUCGCCCCUCCUCCAUAUCCUCGCGCCUGUCCUCUGCCGUCUCCAAUGCUGAGCAGGGCGAAAUACCCGUCACCAACGGCUCGGGUGAGGCUCUGAUUGAGGAGGAGAUUGCCGAGAUCAAGAGAUACGAGGACUUUACUACUAUAGAUUGGGUGCAGGACGCAGCGCGAGAGCAGGCGAGGCGCAAGUCCCGGCGCAAACAGGCCGUCGGCCUCUACGAUCGGGGCCAGCCUGGCUGGAGAUACCACCUAUGGAGAAGUUACGAUGCGGCGCAAGGCUGGAUUGUGGUCACUAUUAUCGGCGCGGCGAUUGGAUUGAAUGCUGCAUUGUUGAACAUCAUCACUGAGUGGCUGGCGGAUAUCAAGAUUGGCUACUGCGAGACGGGGUUCUACCUGAAUGAGAGUUUCUGUUGCUGGGGAGAGGGGAACGGUUGCUCGCAAUGGCAUCGUUGGACGGGCUUCGAACCCAUGAACUACUUCCUCUACUUCGUCUUUGGCACCUUCUUUGCCUUUGUUGCUGCCACUUUGGUCAAAUCCUUUGCCCCGUACGCCGCCGGCUCAGGUAUCUCUGAGAUCAAGUGUAUCAUCGCAGGCUUCGUCAUGAAGGGCUUCCUCGGUCUGCGGACCUUGAUUAUCAAGUCUGUAUGCCUGCCCCUAGCUAUCGCAUCCGGCCUGUCUGUUGGCAAGGAAGGCCCCAGUGUUCACUAUGCCGUGUGCACUGGAAAUGUCAUCUCCAGGCUCUUCAACAAGUACAAGCAAAAUGCUUCUAAAACCCGCGAAAUAUUGAGCGCAUCAGCCGCGGCUGGUGUUGCCGUUGCCUUCGGUAGCCCUAUUGGAGGCGUACUCUUCUCGCUCGAGGAAAUGUCUAGUUACUUUCCGCUCAAAACACUCUGGCGCAGCUACUUCUGUGCCCUGGUUGCGACAGCGGUUCUUGCAGCCAUGAACCCCUUCCGAACCGGACAACUCGUCAUGUUCCAGGUCGAGUAUAAACACGACUGGCACUUUUUCGAAGUUGUAUUCUACAUCAUCCUUGGCAUAUUUGGAGGUCUUUACGGAGCAUUCGUUAUCAAGUGGAAUCUGCGGGUUCAAGCAUUCCGAAAGAAGUAUCUGACGCACUAUGCCAUCUUGGAGGCCACCCUUCUCGCCGCAGGAACCGCUAUUAUUGCGUACCCCAACGCCUUUUUGAGGAUUGACAUGACAGAAAGCAUGGAAAUUCUAUUCUCUGAGUGUAAUGGAGGAGAGUCCUACCACGGUCUAUGCGACUCAGAUCAGCGGUACUGGAACAUUAUCUCGCUGAGUUUAGCAACGGUGCUGCGAAUGAGCCUGGUCAUUGUCUCUUACGGAUGCAAAGUCCCUGCUGGUAUUUUCGUGCCCUCAAUGGCUGUCGGAGCAUCGUUUGGUCGCACCGUGGGUAUCAUUGUCCAGGCUAUCCACGAGGCCAGCCCGGGCAGUGUCUUCUUCUCUGCCUGCAAGCCCGACGAGCCUUGCAUUACUCCUGGCACAUAUGCGCUCCUAGGAGCUGCUGCGGCGCUAAGCGGUAUCAUGCACAUUACUGUGUCGGUGGUGGUCAUCAUGUUUGAGCUCACUGGUGCCUUGAACUACAUUCUACCUACCAUGAUCGUCGUCGGCGUUACAAAGGCCGUGAGCGAGCUAUUCGGAAAGGGAGGCAUUGCUGACCGCAUGAUUUGGUUUAGCGGGUUUCCGUUCCUUGACAAUAAGGAGGAACAUAACUUUGGAGUUCCCGUCUCUCAGGUCAUGAGAACCUCGGUGGUCACCAUUCCAGUCCAUGGGCUCACGCUGGGAGAAGUCGAGCAGUUGCUUGCGGAUGACCGAUACCAGGGCUUCCCCGUUGUCGAGGACAACAACUCCAAGAUCCUGGUUGGCUACAUUGGCCGGACAGAGCUGCGAUAUGCCGUCGAUCGUCUCAGUCGUGCGCAGCAGAGUGACGGCACGGCACGGUGCAACUUUGCAGCGUACACCACCAAUCUAGCCCCUACUACACCUAUAACACCGUCAAUCAUGCAGUUUGGUGAAUCAUCAAACUCCACAGGCCUUGACUUUAGCCGAUAUGUCGACUCAACGCCUGUGACAGCCCAUCCACGUCUUCCCCUCGAAACCGUCAUGGAGCUGUUCCGAAAGAUUGGGCCCAGAGUCAUCCUCGUUGAGUAUCACGGCAAACUCACUGGCCUGGUCACCGUCAAGGACUGCCUCAAGUAUCAGUUCAAGGUCGAAGCGGCUGAGAACCCCAAGGACGACCACCAAAUUGCCCAAGGCCAAGAGCAGCUCUGGGAGCUGUUCCGCCGGACGGGCAACUGGGUCUCAGGCAAGCUGUCGACCGUAUCUGGUGGCAGGAUCCGGCUCAGCGGUUCAUUCGAAGAAGAUCGUCCGCAAGGACGAGGCGCGCAGAUCUUGGAUGGAGACGAAGAUAUUGCAGACGAGGGCGUUGAGUUGGAGAGCCGGCGGUUAUAA